AUGAACUUGCUGCUGACAGGUGGGAUGGAUCGAAUCAUUCGAGUCUGGAAUCCUUAUCUGCCUGGAAAACCAACAGGUACGCUGAAAAGCCACACAGCUCCAGUGAUCGACAUCCAUGCAUCUGCUGAGGAUAACGAAAUAUCUUCCAGGUCCUCGGACAACACUAUUAAGAUCUGGGAUCUGGAAACAGACAGCCGCUCGUUUACGGCCUCCUCCAAAGCCAGUGGUAUCCAGGGGGAGGGCGCGGCCUGCCUCUAUCUCCCCCACCCCACGGCCCUGCGUGUGGCCACCGACACGAUUGCACCCCUGCACCUGCGACUCAGGUCUCCCCCGGAGCCUUCCCUGGUGGUUUCCCACCAAGAGCCCGCGGUUUGCUACCGCUACAACCGGGCCUUCAGGCAAGUGGUCAGCUGCACGGAAGCAUCUGUGGUAAAAGUAUGGGACUUUGAAACAGGAACUGUUUCUGGAUUUACUGGGGCUCAUGGCAAUGCUGGAAUCAUUCUGACCUUUGACUCCAGUGGAAGAAGGCUAGUCACUGGGGGCAGAAACGGCUGUCUGAAGAUAUGGAGCUACAACAACGGACAUUGUCUGCACACACUGAAACAUGAUGAAAAACAAAGUGAAGUCUGUGAUUGGACCUACUUGGAGGUGAACCAAAAUAAGUGCAUCAUAGCUGUUGGAUGGGACAGAAGAAUAAAUGUGUAUUUUGAUGCACCAUGUGACUUUCAUCACUUCUGGAAGCCGCAGCCACACUGGCAGGAUGACCUGAACCAUGGGCACAAAGAGGACAUCCUCUGUGUGGCUCAAUGCCCACCUUUUCUUCUCUUGACUUCCAGUUACGAUGGAGAGGUCAUCAUUUGGAACGUCAUCUCAGGCCACAUUUACUGCAAGCUGAACACUCUCAGCCCCUCUCAUGGUUGCAGAAGAAAGAAAAGAGUCCAGGCUUAUUUUUCCCAAGUCACAGUCUGCAGCCACUCAUCUGCCAACAGCCAGGGGACCCACUACCUCAUACCCAUGGAGCCCCAACAGGGGAGACACAAGGCACUGGUGAUUUUGCAUAAAACUGGCCCAGAUCGGAGCGUUUCCUGUCUUGCCCUCUUGAAGACUCGAGCAGCCAAGUUUGAAUCAGUGGCCACUUCCCUAAUCACCAAUGGGCCCCAAGGUUCUGUCACCUUCUGGAGGCUGUUCGGUGGGGCCCGUCCCAUUGCAAACCUCACUCCUUCCAGAGACAAAGCACAGGUCAGCAGCAUCGCAGUGACAGCAAGAGAUGCCCUCGCCUACGUGGCCGACCAGGAAGGCUUUGUGCACGUCUAUGACAUCAAAGAAUAUGGCCUGCAGGGACCCGAGCUGCAGUCCCCCAAGAAUGUGACCUUCCGCACGGUCAGUGUUGUGACGUCUUUAGAGCUGAUAGAAGAACAGUUUCUGCUCUCAUCCUCCCUUGACUGCACCAUGUGCUUAUGGAGCAGAGAUGGGGCAUACAUAGGAAACUUUGGGCAGCAUAGCCCCUGGGAUAUUUUCAUUCCUGCCUCCGGGAGCCACCCUAGAGAGCCCUAUGAAAUUUUGACAGAUCCCCAGAGCAUGCCUGCUCCCCCAGUGGUGGAAGGGGAUGUUGCUGCUGUGCACAAAGGAAAGGAGGAGAGAGACAAUGUGGUGGAGGAAAAGGCUAAGGUUGGUCCUGGUCCAUCCAAUUCACCUGCAUUUUCGGAUUUUGUGGCUUCCAGGCAGAUCAGCAUGGAAUACAAACUGCAGACUGAAAGAGUCAGGGGAUGA